GUUACACAAAUGAUUUUAUGAAGUAAACUAUGUCUGUUGAUUCGGAAUCAUCGUUAGGCUUGAAUAUUUACGAAGAGGAUUUAAAUGACACGAAAACGUGUAAUUUAUCGAAUCAGGCUAUAGAGUUCGUGCCAGAAAUUGAAAAUCGAUUGCUUCUAUGUGUACUAUACCUCCAAAACAACAAAAUCAAGACCCUACCGGACGAAUUCUUCCCAUCACUACCCGCUUUAAUGUAUCUCGAUUUGAGAGAUAACAUCCUUACCGACCUACCUGUGACGAUACAAAAUCAUCAAUGCCUAACGCAUUUAUUAUUACAAAACAACAAAUUAACGUCAUUACCAAACGAGCUAGGUUCUGUGGUUACAUUAAAAGUAUUGCAACUGGCGGGAAAUCCACUUAUGUAUCCGCCUCGAGAGAUAAUAAUGGCGGGAACUCGGAAAAUUGUAACCUAUUUACACGAGAAAUAUAUUGAGAAUAUAUUUGCUCGCUCGCAAUCGGUAGGCUCCGAUGAUGCGAUCGGUACCUACGAGGAGAACCAUAAGGACUCUUCGAAACCGGAACUGGCCAGUUUUAGUUCGGUUCACGGCGGGAAAUUGAAAUGCUUGUCGGUUCAAUUCAGCGAAAAGGAACACGAUGAUUCCGAUGAGGAAUAUUACGCGAAAAUCAAAGGGAAAUGUCCCAAACUACCGAAAAGUAGGACCAAAUCGAUACUGUCGUACACUCAAAGCGCGAAGUACUUAAAGGCGCUGAGAGCUGACAACGUAGACAUCCAAAACGAGAAGAUAAAAAUUAAUUAUUUAAAAGAGCGUGCGCUUAAGAAACAUAAAGAAUUGAUGGUUAAAAGAGAUAAAAUCUUGCAGGAGAGAAAAAACGCCGAGCUCCUAAAAAAAUGGCGUCAAAAUUAUCGACAAAGCAAACAGAGCGCGGGAUGCACAUACAGACUCGAUCCUAAGUCUUACCCAUACGACACUAAUCCGGACCACAUGACCUUCUUAACGAGAGAAGACAUUGAGAAAGACUUGCCCGACAAAUACAAGAGACGUUUGCUGCGUAAGUCCAAACUGACUGUACCGAGGAAAACGAAUAAUGACGUGCAUCUAGCCAUGAAAAUAAAGCAGCUGUUUGAGAACCUCGAAGCUAUUGACCUCAACAGAGAGGGUAUGACCCCGAGGACGGAACAAAAAGUCUUGCUAAAUGAGAUCCAGAAGAUAUCCGAGAUUAAACAGAAGCUAAUGGAGUUGUCUACAACAAACACUCAAUCGGUCGAAGCGGAUUGAGUAUAAUAAUCUAAAUUUAAUUUCAUCCAAAAUCGUGAUUGUGAUUCGUGUAAUAAAUA